UUGUGUUGCAUCGAAACAAAAAAUUGCCUCACUAAAUCAGCGACAAACUUUAGUAGUAAACCUCGCAGCAAAUGCGAACAUGGGAUUUCCCCAUUUAGAAAAAAAAUAAAAGUGAAUCAUCUGAUAAUAUGCAACCGGUGAUUGUGGCCAAUCGCAGUAGGCCGAAUCGCUUGUAAAGAAUAAGAAGAGGUAAAUUUUUAGUUAUUUCAUCAUUCUCCUAAGUGCCUUUAUAUAGAUAAUGUUUGCGUGGUUAGUAGAUUACAAGUUUAAUUUUUCUGCACUUGUGGGAAUACUUUGUUAUAAUUAUUAUCUAACCUAGCCUAACAUCAACCUUGAAUCUUAAAAUAGGUUUCCAGCCAAUUAAUAAAUAUUUGUUUAUUGUGUGAACUUAUAUAGUUUAUAAUUAUCGGGAGUAUAUCCGAAGAGUCUAUACAGCGAUCUCUUUCCCAGGCUGAGUGAAUAAGGCUAUUCGUAAGGCGACAAUAAUGGGUCCAUUUCUCAGGGGUCACCUAUAGGAAAAUGAGAACCACUGAAGAAAAGAAAAAAAAACAUGUCUGAUGAACACUGGCCUAAAGAGUCACCUGUACUAUCUGCAGAACAACUAGAACUUCUUGUGUCAAAUAAUCUCUCAAAAGAAGUCACUCUUCAAACCAUCAUCCAGAAAAGCGAAUCAUUUCCGAUAAAAUUUCCAGUGGACACUGCAAAGUGUGCAAACCUUUUAGCAAAAGGUGUUCCAGAAACCUUGCUACAGCGCAAUGUUAACUCAGUUUAUCCUAUUCUGCACGAGUCAGCCUUACCACUAUUUAUCCAGUUUUUAUCUCACAAAAAAAAGUUUGGAUCCAAGAUUGAAAAAACUUACUAUAAAGAUUUUACUGUAGAGCAACUUGUCGAUAGGCUAUUGUCCAAAAGAGCAGUAAUGUUUUGCGGAAACCACGAUUUAUUUAUGUUGCUAGAUAAGUAUACUAACUAUGGCAAAUGGGAACUUGUCGGCACUGAUAAAGAAAAGCCUCCGACAAUAUUGAAAAAUUGCCUGUCCUAUGACGAAAUAAAACUCUCAGCGCUCCUUUCAGUUUCGUCCUAUACCUAUUUUGUUAAUGAUGGAUCAAGGAAUAAUUGUGGAAAAUAUUCAGAACAACGAGAACAACUGGAAGACUUUGGAAUUAUUAUCGGCCUUAUCGGUACUAGACUUCGCAAGCCUGAAGUAAUGGAGUAUCAGGAAAUUGUAGUUUCAAAAGAACAAAAUACUAAAAGCAAAGGAUAUGGACACAAAGUAGCAUCCAUACAAGGAAUAUUUCUCAACUUUUAUGGAGAAUCCAAUUCAACUUAUCAUGACUUAAAAAAGCAGCUCGAGGAUAAGAGAAAAUAUACCAAGUUGAAUGAUGAUAAAAAAUAUUUCAAUAACGAUGUUUAUGAAAAAAGAAUGAGUUUGUCCUUUGACACUUUGCUGAUAGAAGCUAAUGAAAGGGCCAAAAACCAAAACAAAAUGGCUUACGUUUUUGUAGUUGGUAUUGGUUUGGGAGUUUGGAGGAUUUCAUUGCACCAGAAUAAGAUGUUUAUCAGUGCAUUUUGUAAAAGAAUAAAAUUUCUUGGACAUAAAUUGAAUCACAUAAGUGAUGUUUUGUUUUCGUACAUUGAUGAAGGGUCUGGUGAUGACUCACUUGGAGAUCAAAAUGUAAUACCAAUUGCAGAACAUAGAAAUGGUGGAAUUAAAGUUCACAUUAAAAAUAGUAAUCCUCAUGUGAAACUGACUGGCCAGGAUGAAGGCAAAUUGUUAGUGGUUUCCUAUGCAUGGGACGGCAACUCUCUUCCAGGAAACGAAUUUUGGCACGGCGGUUUGGACACUAGUGGAGAUCCAGCAGCAGCGUGUUCGACCCAAGUUGCUGAGCUACACAAUCCGCACAUUAAUCCGAAAGUUUCAGGGGCCAACCUUAGAAUUGCAACUUUGAAUAAUGGAGUCGUGCCAUUUUGCGAUUAUAUUAAAAUGAAACAGGAAAGUGGCAUAGGAAAAUAGGAUGGAUGGAUGUAUGCGUCAGUGUGUCAAGAAUAUCCAUAUUAUUAUUCUAUAGGAUUUUAUAUUAUGCUCUGUAAUAAUUUACUGAAUUACCUUUAGAAAUUAGACUUUAAUAAACAAGAAUUCGCAAUGAUGAAGAACUAAUGAACUAAUGAUAAUUGGAUCAGGUUUCAAGGCAUUAUUUUCGAUCAGAUAUCCAAGAAGUUUUAUUUUAGGGAGUAAGAAUUUUUAUUUCGUUUAUGGUAAAAUUGUAUUUUUUUACGAGUAAAAAUUCUUUUAAAUUUUUAUCAUGGUCUGCUUGAUUUCUACCGCAUAUCGUAAUAUCAUCUAAAUAUGCAUACACCUUCAAGAUUCUCUGAUUUUAUUAUGUAGUCUAUAAUCCGCUGAAAACACGCAACUCCGUUUGUCACACCAAAAGGAAUACUUCGGAACUGAUAUAAUUUGGCAUCUGCCUCUAAAGUAGUAUACUGCUUUUCGUCCUCACGUAUGGGAACUUGCUGAUACGCACUUUGUAAAUCUAUAGUACCAACUGAAAAUAUUGAAUUUCGUGACAGCACGAGCAAUAUCUUCAAUUGUUAGAAAGAUUUUUUCAGGUAAUGACCAACGUAUUUGCCUCGGAGUAGUUGUUUCUGACUGGUCAACGAAGUUCAAUAUCUUCAAUAAUGGGCAGAGGAUAAACAUGUAAAUAUGUAAACCAAAGAACUGAUAAACGUAAUUUUCUGUAUGUAUAUCCCAUUAUUUCUAAGUCUACAAAGCAAUGACCUGAUAUUUGAGACUGUUGUGGCCAUUAGUAUAUAUCCAGUGCUUAAAUGUAGAGGUACAUCGAUAAAUGAGGCAAAAGUUUUAUUGAUGUAUGUUUCAGAACCCCCUGUAUCUACUAAAGCAUCAGCAACGACAUUGUUUAAUUUAAUUUUGAUAAAGCAGUUGGUUAAACUUCCAGGUACCGCACAAAGAAGUCCAGAAAUAAGUAUAAUUGAGGCAGAAGCUUUGACUUUUCUUUUGCUUAGAGAAAUGUCCACAUUAACCGCAUUCAGUACACGUUAAAUCUUCAGCAGGGCAUAACGUUUUGAUUUUCCUCAGCGCUGAUAGCUUUGAAGUUACAGUCUUUAUUUAGAUGUUUUAGUGCUGAUCAACAGUUUCACCAGGUUGCUGCUUCCUAGAAGUAGGGCAAUGGCGAAUAUUUUAUUUUUAGGUUUAAUGAAAAUUGAAUCCAAAAUCUUAAUAGCUUCUUAGUAAAAAGGACAACAGGAUAUGUGCUCAUAAUUUUUGUGGCUUACAUAGUUCACCAAGAGUUUCAGUUUUCUAUCAUUUUCUAGCUUAUCAACGGAUGAUAUGAAAUUGUUGAAAGUUGAUUUCCAGUGAGUCCACUCUUGUGCAGCUUUUGGAGAGAUUUGAAAGCAACAUUAUAUUAGCUCUUGUACUACAAAUAUUUGUCAAACUAUGAGUUGAAUGAAUGAUGGUAGAAUUAGUCCAGGAGAAUAUUAUGAAUUAUUUUUGUCUCAGAUACUUUUGGAUUUAUUGCCUCAUUGUAAUACAAAAAAAAUGCCAUCCAAGACAAGAAUCUGACAUUUAUUAUUUAAUAUAAACAAUUUUCAAACAAUUAACAGUAUAUUUACAAAAUAUCACCCACAUUAGAUGUUUUUAAUAACAUUGACUUUACCAUUAUUUACAUAAUAUACACAAGAAGUUCCUGUUGUGAUGACGGUAGCAGUACUCGAUCUGAGACCGUUCAAAUUUGGUCUUCUGUGGUGGUCUCCUAAAUCAGUGAGGUUGGAGUUUAUUAGAAUAAUUGGUUCACUGUAAAAGUAUGUCUCCUUUUGUGAGCUACUGGAAGAUUCUUGGGUCUCGCUGUGGCAUUUUUCUACCUGAAACAUGAAAAGUUUGAUGUAUACUAACAUUUUAGGUGACUAGUUUAGCGAAAAACUUGCUCUAACCUAUGCAGAUUGUGGAAUUCUUUAAAUUCAGGAGGAAGAAGAUCACCAAUAAGGAAAGUAGAGAAAAUGCAACAUGUAAAGGAACAAUCGAAAAGCUCAUGAAGAGUCUGUAGAAAUUGAAAAUGGAGAAGAAGAAGCAAUCUGAAGAAGAUACAACCAAAAUAUCUUGAAGCUCAUGUAGUUAUUAUUGCGCAAAAUCAAUCUUCCAGAUUCUGUAAUGAGUGACAAAAAAUAGAUUGAAGCUGUGGGCACAGACAUGAUUUGAUUUAUUCAGGCAAAAUCACUCCUGGUCCAAAUAAGAGUCAAAGCUGUUGAUACAAAAUCGAUUUCGGAGUUGAAGAGCAUUUAAUGACCCGGGAAAAUAGACCCGUAAUUUACAAUUAACUGUAAAAAUUAAAUGUAAUCAAAUAAUCAAAAACUGAAUUUCCUGUAUUUGAAAUCACCAUCAAUAAACUGAAAAUGAAACAAAUUAGCGUUGAACCCAAAUUAAAUUAAAAUAUUAAUAUACGUUAAAAUUUUAUUAUUUAGUCACCAAGAGUGAUGUCAUCAUCUAAAUCAAAUUCAUAAAAUUAUUAAAAGCGAGGCCAAAAUAAUUAAAUAGGUGAUUUAUGGCUGCACGUGGUUUUCGGCUUUCUUUGUGUUGUCCUCACAUUCUUAAACCAAAUCUGUUGACCCUGAUAAACCAGGAAAUUGUUCGAUUUUGAACAAAUAAAAACCCGGAAGAGAUCAAUUACAAGGUUAAGCACCUAAUUAAAUUGAACCCAAAAUGACAAAAAUUUCAAACAGAUUUGCCUAAUCCUCUAAAAAUGAUGAAAUUAGUUUUUGGAAUAAUAUCUAGGUAGAGUGGUCGACCAAUAAGAUUAAAUUAUAGAUGGUCAAACGACCGCCCCAGUCCGGAUAAAUUCGUGAGAGUUUUUUUUAUUUUUGCCUCGGGAAAACGCGUUAAGUCUUUGAAAAAAGUAACGUAAAAUUAUGAAAGAAAGACCAUUUAAAUUCGUUCAACAUUAUGUGCGAGCUCUAGAGAUUUUGGGGUAAAUUAAGUAAUUUUUCGAGUGAAAAGUUAAAUGUAAGUACUCUAGUGACUAGUAAAACUUUUUGACUUUAUAAAUGAUGAAUGACUAUGAAGUGAAUUAACUUAGGAACUUUAUUGCAUAAUUAUUAAUAACUCGAGUAUUUUGACUAUGGAACAUUAUUGCACAAAUUGAAUUGCCUUUGAGUAUGAUGACAUUUUAAUUAAUUUUGCAUGUUGGCUAGGAAUUCGAAAAUAGUAAUUGUUAUGUUUAAAUUGAUUCUCAAGUAUAAGAAUAAAUCAUUAAAUGUAAUGGGAAAUUUUGACAAGAAACUUGUUGUUCAUGAAAUAAGAUUGUUGACCUUAGGUGCUGAAAUUUUGAAUUAGAGCCUUUUCAUUUAGAAAUUAUUGUAAGGUUAUUAUAAAAAUAUAGUUGAUAAUACAUAGGUACUUAAUCCAGUGAGUAGGAUUAUGACUUAAAUAAUUAUUUUGCAGAAGCUGUCAGUAAAUGACAUAGGAGUUUUAAGAAUUUAUAGAUAUAGGUGAAGGGUAGUUUCAGUAGGAAUGUGAAUCAGAAGUGUUUUUUGAAACAGUUAUGUAUAAACUUAUAAGUUAUUAAGAAUAGAAGAAGUAGGGCGUUUUUAGUAUAGAUAUUUCCUGGAGGCCAAUUUUUGGGAAUGUACGUUUAUUUGCGUAUGCCUAAAGAUACGCACGAUAUGACACGUAUACUUUUCUUUGUGCCAAUUUUUGAAUGACGUGCGCAAGUCGAAAGACGUCUGAGCUAGGCAUUCGCAACAUUACGCAGAGUUGAUCAGGCAGCACUGCAAUUUGAGAGAGUAGGUACUAAUGGAGAAAAUAGGUUGUGUCAACUGUCGACUUUUGACAAAUUUUUACUUUUUUGUGAAAAAUGUCAGAAAACAAGAAGAAACGGAGAGCAAAUGCACCAGUGCAUCAGAUAAGCAGAAAAAAAUGCUUGUGGAGUAUGUGAAGAAGAAGCCGCAACAAAUUAGCGAUACACAAAUUUAGAGCCGGUUUCUCAAAAGAACUUGUUUUAUAUUUGAUCGAAUGUUUGGAACAACUUCCGUCCAGCACUGCGCAUUACAGACUUCAUUGUAUAACUUUGAGGGUCAAUUUCUCAAUAGCGAGUCAACUCCGGGUUGGUUUUAACCUCAGGGUAAACGUGUCCAGUUGCAAUGUUGAGGGCCGGUUUCUCAAUAGUAAGUCACCCCCAAGUUAAGCAUAACUCUAGGGUAAGGGUUGAUUUCUCAAUAGCGAGUCACCUCCGGAAUGAUUUUAACUCUAGAGUCAACGUGUCCAGUUGCAAUGUCUGGAGUUAUGCUUAACCCGGGGGUGACUUGCUAUUGAGAAACCGGCCCUCAACAUUGCAACUGGACACGUUUACCCUGAGGUUAAAACCAACCCGGAGUUGACUCGCUAUUGAGAAAUUGACCCUCAAAGUUAUACAAUGAAGUCUGUAAUGCGCAGUGCUGGACGGAAGUUGUUCCAAACAUUCGAUCAAAUAUAAAACAAGUUCUUCUCUUAAUCGAAACAACUCAAUAAAUUGUUGAUGGUUAAGCUCUAUGAAUGGAUCAAGAGGGUUAUACUGGUUGUUUGGUAGAUUUUGUUGCUCUGCUAUUUCCAUUUUCCAUAUUUUGUAUUGCGAUUAUCACAAAAUAAUAACAGCUGAUAUAACUACAAAUGUAGGUACGUCAGCGCAUACGCAACACUUCGGCAAGUCUCUCGCCGCUCGCAGUGAAACGUAUGAAAAUGUGCGCAUGCGUAAAGAUGCGAAUACUCAAAAAUGGGAUUUCGUAGUCUUCGCACAUUUACGUAGAUUUUCUAUAGUUACGAAUGGUCAAAAAUUGGCCCCCAGUCCGUAGUAAUGAAAUUUGAACGGAUGUGAAAUAAUUUGUUUUGGGAAAAAUAGAACUGGCUGUCAGACAUAUAAAGAUCUUUGAUUAUUUUAAUUUUGGUUUUAAGUAUAAUAAAAUAUAAUUUAGUAAACC